GUACCACGAAUGAGUGCAUAAGUAUUUUCUAAUAAUUAUAAACCAGCGCCGGGAUUAACGUCAAAUCCAUAUCCCUGUCGGCAAAAUAAGCUUUAUUCACACACACACUUCAUUUUCCUUACUUUUUCUUCCAUUAAUUGAACAGCUGCAAUCUGGCAUUCAACCAUUGAAACGUGUCCAUUAACCUCCACCACCACCCCUCUCUCCCGACUAUUUGUCACCUUUUUUUACAAACCCGCAAUAUAAUCAUCGCAAUCACCGACUGCCCGUUUAUUCUGAUCUAUUUCCUUUUAGCUUUAUCAUCUACUGCACUUUUUUUUUUAUCUCUUCUUCUCUUUCUUUCAUUCAUUCUUUUUCUUCUCCCGUCCAUGAGGGAACCUGACCGGAGUUGUCGGACUGGAGCCGCCGCCGCCGCUACCUCGCGAAGGAGGCGCUGGAUGGAUUGGUUAAUGGUGUUGGUUCUCAUGUUUAUGUAUUUUGGUAUAUACUUAAUUCACCCAUUUAAGCGUUUUGUGGGGAGUGACAUGAUAGCCCAUCUUAAAUAUCCUUUGAUGACGGUCACUGUUCCCUUUUGGACUGUUCCUUUGUAUGCAGUUGUGGUGCCAAUUGCAAUCUUUCUGUUGGUAUAUAUGCGUAGAAGAGAUGCCUAUGAUCUUCAUGAUGCCAUUUUAGGUAUUCUCUUCUCUGUUCUAGUAACAGGAGUUCUCACUGAAACAACUAAGAAUGCAGUUGGUUGGCCAAGGCCCGACUUCUUUUGGCGUUGCUUUCCCGAUGGGAUUGAAGUUUACAAUCGAUUGGGAAAUGUCGUUUGUCAUGGGAAGAAAAGUUUCGUGUUGGAUGGAUACAAGAGUUUUCCCAGUGGUCAUGCUUCAUGGUCAUUUGCUGGUCUUGGUUUUCUCUCAUUAUACUUAUCAGGCAAGCUGAAAGUAUUUGAGCAUGGAGGUCAUGUUGCAAAAUUACUUUUGGUUCUCUUCCCUUUGUUGAUUGCUUAUGUUGUUGGGAUCUUUAUGGUGAAUGACUAUAUGCAUCAUCCCCAAGAUGUUUUCUUUGGUUCUCUCAUGGGUCUUAUAGUGGCUACACUUGUUUAUUUACAGUUCUAUCCAUCACCAUAUCAUCAUGAAGACGUUUUCAUCCCAACUUCAGCGCAAUCUAGAACCAAUGUUCAAACGAGCAACAUUCCCACAAAUGCUGUGGGAAGGUCGAUGGACAUUGAAGCCCCUGCCCCUCUCGAAAAUACAGGGCAGUGACGAAAGCGAAAGGUUAAAAAAGUAUCAUUUUCUCAAGAUUCAAAUACUAAAUCACCUUGAAGCAAAAGAGAAGAAUAAGAUUUAAAUCUCAACCAUCUGUUUUGUGUUCAUUUGAUUUAUUUAUUUAGGAAGAACUAUAUUAAAAAACUUCCUAUGUAUAGCUAGAUCUACAAAUCUCGGUUCAUGUAUAUAUGUGUAUCUAGCGAUUUACUAUAUAUUUAUGUAUCUAAGGAAUGGGGUUUUUCAUGCACAUAGUAAUUAAAUGCAAUAAGCAAAUUCCAUA